AUGAGCGACGCCGAACUUUCUUUUGCCGACGCCCUGCGUCUCGUUCCAGAAUACGACGGACAACCAUCGCAUCUGUAUUCGUUCCUCAACAAGUGCGAAUUUGCUUUAAAUCGCGUUAAACCGACAGUCAAAUCUAUUUUCUUAGAAGGUGUAAUUACGAAAUUAAUUGGUAGAGCCCUUGAUGUUGUCAAAUAUAGGGAAAUAAAUAAAUGGGAAGAAUUGAAAUUUAUGUUAGAAGAGAGUUUUGGGGUUAAGAAAACAAUCUCAUUUUUGCAGCUUCAGUUAAAUUCCUGCAAACAAAAUAAAAACGAAGAUGUCCGCGCGUAUAGUCUCAGGUUUGAAGAUAUUCAAUAUCAGUUAAUUAAUGCUAGUUGUCUCGGUAAAUCAGAUGCUGAAAGCCAAGCCAUUAGAUCGUAUAUUAAAUCUUUAUCGUUAACCGUAUUUCUAGAAGGAUUGCAGCAACCACUUAAAAAUAUUGUAAAGGCACGUCAACCUAAAAUUUUAGAAGAAGCUGUGCAAAGUACAAUCGAGGAAGAACGUAUCCUAAAAUCCGAUUUUUCGCAACGUAACUCUUUUAAUCCGAACGGUGAUAAGUUUUGUAAUUUUUGUGGCAAACGAGGUCAUAUCAUGAGAGAAUGUCGUAUGAAAAACCAAAAUCAAAAUUUUAAUCAUUCUAAUCAAGCUCGUAAUUUUCCAAGUCCAAAUUACGCCAACCAAAAUAAUCGCACAAAUUUUUCCGGUUACAAACCUCGCGUAUCAGGUGCUGAGGCACCCAGAUCCGUUUUUGUUAUAUGUCUCACGAAAAUAAUCGCGGAGCAAAUAAUGGUCAAACUUUUAAUCAACGAUGAAUUAAAUGUUGAGGGAUUUAAUGAACCUAUCAAGUUUUACUUAGUAAAGAACUCUUUUCCAAUUCCUGAGGACGGUAUUCUGGGUAAGCCGUUCCUCGAACAAUUUAAUUUAAAUGUGAAUAUUAAGCAGCAGAUAAUUUUUGACAAUGACCAUUCAGGUAAUAAAACCAUAAAUAAUGAUAACUCUAAUACGAAUAAUAAAUCUAAUGACGAAUUUGUACUACCGCCGCGAUGUGAAAGGUUAUUCAAAGUCUAUAUAAAAGCUCCAAAUGGUGAUUAUAUUAUGAAAAAGUCUAAACAGGAAAAAUCAAUUUUUAAUGCGGAAUCUCUAAUAAAAGUUAAAAAUAAUCAAUCAGUCGUAGCACUUCUAAAUCCUGGCGAGUCCGAAGUAAGAUUAGAUGAAAUUGAAGCCGAAAUAAGUCCUUUUAAUAAAUUUGAUUGUUUCCCAAUAAAUAGACCGCCAGAUUCAACUAAUGAAAUUAACGCAGUUUUAGACAGACAUAGUAAAGUAAUGGAAAAAUUACGUCUGGAUCAUUUAAAUUCCGAAGAAAGUCGCCAAAUAACAGAUAUUUGUACGGAAUACUUAGAUUUGUUUACUUUUAAAGAUGAACCCUUAUCACAAACUAAUACCAUUAGUCAUACAAUUCCAAUACCACAAACACAGCAACCUAUUAAGAUAAGACCAUAUCGUCUCCCCGAAGCACAAAAGAAUGAAAUUAACAAACAAGUACAAAGUAUGCUGGAUCAAGGUGUAAUAGAACCCAGCACUAGCCCUUGGAAUUCCCCUCUUCUUUUAGUCGCGAAAAAACCUGAUUCCUCGAGAGAAAAGAAAUUUAGGAUUGUUGUCGAUUUCCGUAAACUGAACGAAGUAACUCUAGGCGAUGCAUAUCCUUUGCCGAAUAUCACGGAUAUUCUGGAUCAAUUAGGUAGAAGUCGUUAUUUCACGGUGUUAGAUUUAGCGUCUGGUUUCCAUCAAAUUCCGAUGAAUUCUUUGGAUGCCGAAAAAACCGCGUUCAGUACUCCUUUCGGGCACUAUCAAUACAAAAGAAUGCCAAUGGGUCUUUCCGGAGCCCCGGCUUGUUUUCAAAGGUUGAUGGACCGUGUUCUAAUAGGUUUACAAGGAAUUAAAUGUUUUGUGUAUUUAGACGAUAUAGUAAUUUAUGCGGAAAAUCUAAAAGAACAUGAAAUCAAAUUGAAAGAAGUUUUUAAUCGAUUAAAGGAACAUAAUUUAAAAUUGCAACCAGAUAAGUGCGAAUUUUUAAAACGCGAAGUUUGCUAUUUAGGCCAUUUAGUAACCGAUAAAGGUAUUCGUCCCGAUCCUGAAAAGGUCAAAUCAGUUAAAAAUUUUCCCGUGCCAACAAAUACGAAGCAAGUUAAAGCAUUUUUGGGAUUAGCAGGAUAUUAUAGGCGUUUUGUUCAAAAUUUUAGUUCUAUUUCUAAACCUAUAAAUAAUUUAUUGAAGAAAAACGUACCUUUUGACUGGACAACGUCAGUACAACUUGCGUUCGAAAAACUUAAAUCAAUUUUGUCCGACGAUAUUGUUUUACAAUAUCCUGAUUUUUCUAAGCCUUUUAAUUUAACGACUGACGCAAGCGGUACUGGCAUCGGAGCCAUUUUAUCACAACAAACGAAAACUGGUGAUCAACCAAUCGCGUACGCAUCGCGAUCACUUAAUAAAGCGGAAUUAAAUUACAGCACAACUGAUAAAGAACUUCUUGCAAUCGUUUGGUCAGUACAACAUUUUAGACCAUAUUUAUAUGGCAGAGAGUUUAACAUUUUAUCAGACCAUAAACCGCUAGUAUGGCUUUUUAACGUUAAAGAUCCUGGUUCCAGAUUAAUGAGAUGGAGGCUUAAACUCGAGGAGUAUAAGUACAAAAUUAUUUACAAAUCCGGUAAAACUAAUCAGAAUGCCGAUGCCUUGAGUAGGAUGUUUGCAUUUACUGAUAGUGACAAUUCAAUUUUAGAGCAGUCACAAGAUGCUGCUAUUAAAUCUUGGAAUAUUGCUCGCGAAAAAAUAAUUGAAUCUAAACAAAAAAGUAAAGCCCUGUACGACAGAAAUAUCCACAUUGAGAAUAUUCACGUCGGGGAUCAAGCCAUUAGCUUCGGCUAUGGCAAUAAUCUCAAUGAAGAUUAUUCUUAUCACAAUGAACCCUUUGCAUUUCAACCCGGUGUUUACUUCGAAGCCCGAGAAGACGCCCUAAUCACCAAUGAUAAUUGGCAACUAAUAGUUUAUAGUAAUAUUAGUCAUCUUGUUAGAGAUCAACAUCUUAGCAGUAAUUGGCAUUCCUUAUCGGCAAUCGCAUGUUCAGAGAUCAAAGACAACAACUCCUUUAGCAUUUGUCAAAAUUAUGAAAAUAUUAUUUCCCCAACAAUUCUAAGACUCAAAGAAAAAAUUAGAAAUCUUUUAGACACUCUUGGCGAAAACAAUCUAAGUUCUUCAAACAGAUUAAAAAGAGGUCUCGCAAACUUUGUCGGUCAAGCAAGUAAAUUUCUUUUCGGUACUUUAGAUGAGGAAGACGCAAACUACUAUAAUGAACAAAUUCGAAAAUUUUCAGAACGCGAAGAAACGCAUUAUUUACCGCUUAACAUAGAUCAAAUAAAUCGUUGUAAGAACAAGAAAAUAUGUAAACAAGAACAACCAAUUUUUUCCGCACAUGUGCAUGAAACAUGCGAGAUGAGAUUGUUUACUUAUACCGCAAUGGUACCAAGAAAUUGUGACACUAAGUGCUGUAGGAAAAAGCCUCGACAGGUUGCACCUUCUGAGCAGAUUCAUCUUCGAAAUCUGACUCACCACACGGCAGAUAUCACCAGUGAUGACGAUGAUGACGACCAUCCAGUAUCACAGUCUACACCUGGCUCUGCCUUGGGGACUUCACAAGAACUUUCGCCUAAAUAUAAAUGA